CAUCGUCCGAUUCACUCGCUGCAUUUAUUUUUCCCACUCAUUCUUUUUUUUCUCUCUUUGAUUCCAUCUUUUGUUGUCUGAUCGAUGAAGCGUCGCCUUGAAAUCGACCCCUCUGAAGUUGAAAUGGACAAGGCCACUGCAUCGACCAGCAAGCGGUCGUCCCCAGACGUGAGCGACGACGCGGUGCCGUCGCAUAUCAAUCCGCUGACCAAGCGUGUCUUCUCGGAAAAGUACAAGAAGAUCCUCGAGAAGCGUCUCAAGCUGCCCGUGUGGGAGUACCGCCAGCAGUUUAUUCGUCUGUUCAACGAGAACCAGAUCAUGGUGCUGGUCGGUGAGACGGGCUCGGGCAAGACCACGCAAAUCCCGCAGUGGUGCAUGGAGGAGGUGCUCAAGUACGCGCCUCAGGGUCAGGGCGUUGCCUGCACGCAGCCUCGUCGUGUUGCUGCCAUGAGUGUUGCUGCCCGUGUGGCCGAUGAGCUUGACGUCACGCUCGGCGAAGAGGUUGGCUAUUCCAUCCGUUUCGAGGACUUGACCUCGCCGAAGACUGUUCUCAAGUACAUGACCGACGGUAUGCUUUUGCGCGAGGCCAUGACCGACCCUCAGCUUCGUCGCUACGGUUGCAUUCUGCUCGACGAGGCGCACGAACGCACGCUUGCCACAGACAUUCUCAUGGGUUUGCUGAAGGAGAUUUGCGCCAAGCGCCCCGACUUGAAGCUUGUGGUGAUGAGUGCUACGCUCGAUGCCGGCAAAUUCCAGAAGUACUUUAACAGCUGCCCGUUGAUGACUGUUCCUGGUCGUACUUUCCCCGUCGAGGUCUUUUACACAAAGGAGCCCGAGCGCGACUACCUCGAAGCCGCCAUUCGCACAGUUGUUGAAAUCCAUACCUGCGAUGACCGCGGUGACAUUCUCGUCUUCCUUACGGGCGAGGAGGAAAUUGAAGACGCUUGCCGCAAAAUCCAGCAGGAGAUUGAAAACAUUUCGAGCUCGGGUCCCGUCAAAGUUGUGCCUCUGUACUCUACGCUGCCACCACAGCAGCAGCAGCGCAUUUUCGACGAAGCGCCCGCCGAUUCGCCCUCUGGCGCCUUUGGCCGCAAGAUUAUCGUGUCCACCAACAUUGCCGAGACGUCGCUCACCAUUGAUGGCAUCGUCUACGUGGUGGAUCCCGGUUUCUCAAAGCAGAAGGUGUACAACCCCCGCAUUCGCGUCGAGUCCCUCUUGGUGACACCCAUUUCAAAGGCCAGCGCACAGCAGCGCGCUGGUCGUGCAGGCCGCACCCGUCCUGGCAAGUGCUUCCGAUUGUACACCGAGACGGCCUUCAAGGGCGAUCUUAUCGAGCAGACCUACCCCGAAAUUCUUCGCUCCAACCUCGGCUCGGUCGUCUUGCAGCUCAAGCAGCUUGGCAUUGACGAUCUGGUUCAUUUCGAUUUUAUGGAUCCCCCGGCGCCAGAGACGCUCAUGCGUGCCCUCGAGCUCCUCAACUACCUCGGCGCUCUCAACGACGAUGGCGACCUGACUGAGCUUGGUGGCAUGAUGGCCCAGUUCCCGCUCGAUCCUCAGAUGGCCAAGAUGCUUGUGGAUGCUCCCAACCACAAGUGCUUGAACGAGACUCUCAGCAUUGUUGCCAUGCUUUCAGUGCCCAAUGUUUUCGUGCGCCCUCGCGAUGCCAAGAAGGCUGCCGAUGAAGCAAAGAUGCGAUUUGCUCACAUUGACGGCGAUCACCUCACUUUGUUGAACGUUUUCCACGCCUACAAGCGCGCCGGCUACGACGACGCCAACUGGUGCUACGAGAACUUUUUGAAUUCGCGUGCGCUCAAGUCGGCCAACAGCGUGCGCUCGCAGCUGGAGCGCAUGUGCGACAAGUUCAAGCUUGACAAGGCUGGCAACGAUUUUACGAGCAAGUCGUACUACAUCAACAUCCGAAAAGUGCUUGUUGUUGGCUACUUUAUGCAAGUUGCGCAUCUCGAGCGUCAAGGCCAUUAUCUUACGGUCAAGGACAAUCAGGUCGUCUUCAUGCACCCGUCCACCGCGCUCGAUCACAAGCCCGAAUGGCUGGUGUACAACGAGUUUGUGCUGACCACCAAGAAUUACAUCCGCACUGUGACGGAGGUCCGGCCAGAGUGGCUUCUCGAAAUCGCGCCUGCAUACUACGAUCUGUCCAACUUCCCCGAGGGCGACACAAAGCGUAUUCUCCAGCGCGUUCAGAGCUCUUCGCGUCCUUCCGGCAGUGGACGAAAGUGAAUGUGAUUUUCAGGGUCUGAAAGAACAAAAUCAAUCAAACAAACCAAUAAACAAACCAAAAAAAUGCACUUUUUGUUCGA